AUGCGAGGAGUGCCCCGGUGGGCGCGCGAAGGCUGCUUGGACCGCUCUCUCGUCGCGUUGCAGAUCCGCGUGUUCACCGACACCCGGCAGCCGAUCAUGGCCUUCCUCGGAGUGCCCUACGCCGCGCCGCCCGUCGGAGAGCUGCGCUUCGCGGCCCCCGAGCGCCACGCAGGCUGGAACGGGUCGCUGUUCGCCGGCAGCUGGCGUGCCGCCUGCCCGCAGCCCCAGGCAGCCGCCUCCGCCGCGGGCCCUGCGCUCACCGACGAGGACUGCCUCACGCUCAACGUGUGGGCGCCCGACUCGCCGCACUACCGCCCGCUGCCCGUGGUGGUGUUCUUCGAGGGCCAGGACUUCGUGACGGGCGCCCCGCAGCGCUUCCCCGGCCACGACCUCGCCGCCGAGGGCCUGGUCGUGGUGGCCGCCAGCUACCGCCUCAACGUCUUCGGCUUCCUCGCGCUGGGCGACGCCGUCGCCCGCGGCAACCUGGGGCUGCUUGACCAGUACGUGGUGCUGCUGUGGGUGCGCGAGAACAUCGCGCUGUUCCGAGGAGAUCCCAACGCAGUGACGCUGAUGGGCCACGGGGCGGGCGCCGCCUCCGCCGCCAUGCACCUCACGUCGCCACGCACCGCGGGGCUGUUCCAGCGCGCGGUGCUCAUGUCGGGGUCGUGCGCGUCGCCGUGGACGCGAGCGCGGCCCAUCGCGCAGGUGGCGGCUGCGUCGCGCGGGCUGGCGCGUAAGCUGGGCUGCCUGGCCCCCGCCCCCGCGCCCGCGCCAGAGGACUCCGCCCUGCUGCUCGCUUGCCUGCGCGCCAAGCCCGCCGCAGAGCUCCUGCGCGCCUUCGAGGCGCAGUACCAGAACAGCAACUGGAGUGAGCUGGUUGGGCCGGUGGUGGAUGACUUCCUGCCUGAGGACGGCGUGUACCUGGGGCGCGAUCCGCUGGAAGUGCUCGCCGCUGACGGGUCGCCGGUGCCCGUGCUCACCGGCGUCACCUCCGCCGAGGGCACAGCCACGCUCGAUCAGUGGAGCGAGCUGGCACGACAAGGGGGCGCGGCUCUUCGUCAGUUCCUGGAACAGACUGCGCUGCCCCACGCCCUACGGCGCUACGGCCUGCUGCCGGAGGCGGGCGGCGGCGGCCCGCUGGGGGCGGGGGCGGGGGCGGCGGGAGACGCAGCCGUGCGGGCGCUUGCCUCUUGGCGCUACGCGGAGGUGGCGGGGGCGGCGGAGGGCGACACAGCGGCGCUGCGCAGUGCGCUCCUGCAGCUGUUCGCGGACACGCGCGUGUUGGCUCCGCACCGACGCCAGCUGCGCCUGCUGGCGGGGGGCCCGCAGCCCGUGUUCGCCUACGCCUUCACGCAGCCCUCGGCGCCCGACCCCUUCGCGCCCGCUGGCCCGCAGCCGCCGCUCAACCUCUCAGGCGGGGCGCCGCACGGCUCGGAGCUGCUGUACCUGCUGGGGCCGACGGCGCUGGUGCAGGCGGUGGGCCGGCGGCCGACGCCCGGCGAGGAGCGCCUCGCCAAGAGUCUCAAGCGCCUCUGGGCGGAGUUCGCGCACCGCGGACAUAUUUUUGACAUUUUAUAUUUGAAAAUGUUUACACAAAUAGUUACAAUACAUUUAAAUAUUUAUUGUUCAGAGAUUUGUAUGACUGUCAAUUACUAA